UUGUUCUGCUGUUGGGGUUGUUCUGUGACACCAAGGGCGCCUGUACCUAUUCAGACCUGAACCUUGCCCUGUACGACUGUUUUGAUACUCGUAGCCUGACGACUGAAUACGCACUGCCGAUAAUGGCGAGUACCAUCGACGCCACUUCAUUUUGUGUAACCCAUCUGGCAGAUAUCAACACGUGUGUAGAGACCGAAAUUCAGGCUUGUUCAGCAAACAGCAACAUUACAAAGUUUUUCGGUGAUGGAACUGCUCUAUCGGCUGCUUACUCAUAUCUCUGUACGCAGUUUGUGUCCAACUCAUACCUUGAACCUUUCGGAUGUGCUGUCUUCGUCGACACAGGUAGUGUCAAAGGAAACCUGACAGAUUUCGACAUCUCCGUUGAUGCUCUGUCUGAUCCAACAUUGACAGAGAUAUGCUCGUUUGCAGACACAAUGGUAAACAGUUUUCUAAACGAGCUAUCCUCUGUGUGUUCCGGGUCUUCCAUCUCCAUUUCCAUCUGGAGUAACUACCUCUCCAGGUUCACAGGCGGAUGUAACGGCGCCGAUACGACUGUUGCAAGCACGAUGCUACUUCUCCUCUCAGCGUGUUUGCUAAGAUUCCUCAAAUUCUAGAGGAAAUAGAAAUAGAAAUAGAAAUAGAAGCAGAAUGAUGAUCGUUAUGAUAAAUUGUUUCAGUAGCGUAUUUUAGAAAUAACUAUAAUGUAACCAGUCUUGUUCAUAUGUUGCUGUCCUACCUAUCUAAUUAUGACACGUGAGAUUGUUCUCACAAAACAGCUUUCAUUACUUACAGUCUUGCACCUUUUAAUGUAGCAAUGCCGUAAAUCGUGUGUAAUACGAAUAUACAGACCAUAUAAAAGUGACAACAAUACCUUUCAAUUAAGAGGUAUAUGCUACAUGAUGUCUACUACUUGCAGUCAUGCUAAAUGUACGUUACAACGAAAGAAAUAUGCUUGAAAAUGUAACAGUCCUGUAAAAUCCAAUUGCUUCUACAAUAAUUACAAUGCUUUGAUAAUUUUCAUUAUACACAAUGUGCCUUGAAAUCUUUAAAUAACUGGGUUUGUUCGAACUUAAUUCGAAUUCUGGUCAUGGUUAUAAACUUACACGCUAAUCUGUGAUUGAACAUGUAUGAAGUAUUUUGCCUUUUAUAGACUUUUUACAAUGUUUAUUUGGUGGAAAAUAACAAAAAUUAAUCACUGAUUUAAACACUUUUUUCAGAAAAUGAUUUGGAAACCUAAAGUCCAAGCCAAAUGACAAUAGAAUCGUUUGACUGAGUUUGUACAUUUGAUGUAAUGAAUCAUUAACUGAAAUCUGUUCCAAAGUAAUUUCUUUUUAUAUUUUCU